AUGACAUCGAAUCAAGAUGACUCUUUUACUGGAGUUAUAGAGAGGCAUACGGAGCCAAAAAGGCGUAGACGUUCGCGGAAGUCCGCAUUUGCUAAUGCGGAGCUUCACGAACGCUUUGAAAAACACGUGGCGAAAGCACAAAACCUAUUUCUUGGGAAUGAUAAGGAUGGAGCCGAACGAGAGGCAACACUGGCGCUGCGCAUCCAUCCCACCGAUCAUCUAUUUGCACUUCUUUCGGUUAUCGCCGACUCCAAGGGCCAACGGGAUCGAGCAAGUGAUUUUCGACUAUUGCAGGCGUUUUUGGCGAACGAUACUGUCUUGUGGGAAGAGCUUUUACAUGAGUUCCUGCAGGAGGAGUUGUAUUAUAAAUCUGCCGUGUGUUUACAACGGCUUUCAGCACUAGAGACGAAAGACAAAACUCGAUACCGCACGCUGCAGCUACAAUUGGCUGAUCUUUACAUCGGUCUUGGGGAAUUUAAGCGAGCAGCUAACAUUUUAGUCCCGUUAUGGAAUGGAAGUCGUUGCCGCGAUUUUGAAGUGUUUUCAUUAUUGUCUUCCUUGUUUUUUCAACUGGGCCGGUGGAAUUCCCUGCACCGUUUGAUUGAAUCCAGCUUGAAAAAUACUUUUCGUCCAAAAAUGGUCGUGAAUGCAGAGGAAACGAGGUUAGGAUUCUCUGGUGCUGUCUCCGAUAGAGCCAAAAUGUCUACAGACGGAGGCGGCGAGGCCCCUCCCCCUGUCAGGCGAAGAAUCUCAAAACGGGUUCGUUUUUUUGGCGAUGAUGAUAACAAUGAUACCAAUAAUGAUGGAAAUUUUGCAGGUUUCGUUGAAACGGAGAAGGUGAGGGGGGAUGAGGAGCAACACCGACAAGAACGGCAGCAGAGAAUAGAGACGGAUGCUGCACCUUUUUUUGUUCCCACAACGCCUCUGCCACCGGCUGAGGACGAGGAUGAAGACAAAGACUUUGACUUUUCAAACCUUACCAGUAGUGGAGAUGGCGUCCCUUCCAAAACUGCGGGUUCGAUGCCAUCGACGGUGGUCAACUCGCUCUAUGGAGACACCAUUGAGCUUCGGACCCCGGCGUCAAAGAGGAACUUUCUUACGCUUGUCAAUGUACAUGCGGAACUUCUCAAUGAGGAGGGGAAGUUUUUUGAUACCAUACGCCUUUUAGAAUUCACCGCCGGUUGUCUACAAGUUCCUUUACUAGAAUUGCCUCCAGACCUCCUUGUUCGCCUUGGAAUUGCGUAUGCAUUCUUGGGGGGUCUAGAACAGCAGUGUCGUGAGGUGUUCCAGCACCUCAUUGAUACUUGCUCCAUGGCAGAAUAUGGUGAUGUUUUGUACGAUGCCGCCAAUGCAUUGCAACGGGUGGGUUUACACGCGGAGGCCCGCAUGCUUUUUCAAACAUUGCGCCGCUACCAUGAAUUUUUUCUAUCAAGGUUUACUGGCAUAGCUAAUGCUGAUAAUGGUAAUGGUGAUAAUACCGAUAAUAAUAAUAACAAUAAUGCCAGUAAGGGAGAGAGGAAAAUGUUGGACGAUGAGGAGGCGGCUGAGGUCAAAACCGUCUUUGCGGCCACUCUCUUCGCAGAAGGUCAGUGUGAAGCCUCUUUGGGGAACUCUGAGGCGGCAUACAACGCCUUUUCCCGCGUAUUGGAAAUAGACCCAAGAAAUCUGCAGGCUCGUCUUGCUCUUGGCCGCAUGUAUAUGUAUGAGAUGAAAGAUGCAGAUCGUGCCGUUAUGGUUAUCACACCUCGUGAAGACGAGCAACCAAUUGAACGAAUCCAACUCGGUGCGGAACUCGUGCGUAUUUUUGCUCGGGUUGAAAAAUAUGUCGAGGCCAUUGCGCUGGGGGUUUCCAUCUUUGAGCUUAUCCUCUCCGGUGAGGAAGACGGCGAUACAGAUUCGGUCGCGCCGGGAUCUUCGCGACGCACGACAAAAACACUAUUUAUGCCUACUCUUUCAAGGGCUAGUUCUGCUAUCAUCCCUCCAUCGGCCAUCUCCGAUAUUGUGAAUGGACCGUGCCUGGGGACUGCAACAUCUUCCGCGGGACGACUUUCACAUACCCUUGCAACGUCCAUCAAAGCGUCUAGCGCGGUAUUUCGCACUAACUUGGCUAAACGUGGCAAUGCGCCGCUGACAACUUCCUUCUAUGGCGCCUCCGCAGCGGCGUCAACGGCGGCCGGUUGGUUUUGUUUUGAUGAGGAGCGUUCGAAAGACAGUUCAACAAUCUUCCGCUUUAAUCGCACGAAAAAGGGUCUGAAGCGAGCUCGCUUGGAGAGCGGAAAGGAGAAUAAACAUUGCAUAAAUGACAACGACAACAAUGACCUGGAGGGGACAAAAAAUAAUAUGGAAGAAGAAGAAGAGCAAAUACGAGAAGCAAGGCGACGUCAACGCGUUGGAGAGGUUACACGCCGCUGUGCAGACUCAUUCUGGAAGGACGAAAAGGAUGACAAUGAUAACGGUGAAGAUGAAAGCAAUAACGUUAUUAAUAACGAGAACGUGCGCCUUGGGAAAAUGGGUGAUGCGGAGAAGUUACGUCGUGGAGAAGUGAUACAAAUAAAGGAAGAAUUCUGUGACGAACGGGAUUUGGAAGAAUUGGAGGAGGAAGCGAUGUUGAAUAAUGACGAUGAGGGUGAUGCUACAACGCAGUAUGAACUUCCAUCUUUGGAGGAGGUAAGCAAGCAGUUUAGUGAUCCAGUAAUGCAACAGUUGUUUAUGAAGGCGUCUAGCAAUGAUGCUGCGAUUGCACCACGGAAUCCAUGGGAAAAAAACGUUGCUAUUCCUUCCCCGAUGAAUGCUGCUGCUGCUGCUGCUAGUGGUGGUGGUUUGGGUGUCGGUCAAUUUUCUUCUUCCAUGUUACGCGUCACGUUCCGCGACGCCCUGGGAGUGCUUGGGCGAGUCGGUUUUGUGGAGCUUGCCGUUACCGUGAUCAGCUGUUAUACUGCCAUUGGGAAGUUUACUGAGGCGAAAGAAUUUGCAUUUCUUGUGCUAACGCGGUGCCCGCGAAAGAUGAUGUUUCGACAUUUUGGUGUUCUCGAGCGACCGCUGCGACUGGCUGUACUGCGCGCAGCUCUGGCAUCAAAGGAGAGCGAAGAUGCAUACCGUGUAGGAGUCCGCCUGUUACAAGAGCAGUGUAGUGACGAGGAAAAGAACCAGGUAGUAGAACUAUUAUAUGGAUUGUUGAACCGCGUGGAAAAUGGAAGCGCAAUUCUGCUUCGUCUUGUUGCGGACCGUAAUCAGGCUGGCCCAGAGACGCUUGUUCUACUUGGAAAUCGUUAUUUCCUUCGCCGUUCCUUUGUCCGCGCCCUUAACUUGUACCUCGCAGCCUUGCAGAAGCGUCCUAAUGAUAUCCUUCUCUGCUUUCUUGUUGGUUUGUCAUAUAUGCUUAUUAGCCAUCAAAAAAGGAUCCGAGCGCGUGAGGCUUGCGUGAUUGCUGGAUGGCAUUAUCUUUCCCUAUACCAGGAGCUGGUACGUGCUGUUGACAUUGGGCGGAUGGGUGAGGCGGUAUACAACUGUGCUCGGGCACUACAAUAUCUCGGUUUGCAUCACCUUGCUGUGCCACUGUAUGAACAAGUGGCAUAUGAGUUCAAAGUCCCUGAACAAUGUACCUUGGCAUUGCAGCGGGCUGCGAGGUUUAAUAUGUACUUUACCUACCAGUGGCGCACAGGAAACACGGCACUCGCAAUGGCUGCGUUGCAACAAAAGCAAAUUUUGAAAUGA